AACCCGCUAACCUCAAAAAGCCUUACCUCACAGUCAGCAUCUGCACACAGACAGUGAUGGCCGACUGACUUUUACGCUGUUUACAAGCUUAAGCGUCCUUCACAAACUAGAUCCAGAUUAAAAUAGAACUAUCUGAAAAGAGUCUUCGCAUAAGUUUCCAAGAUAAAAAUGCUUCGCUCAUUAGAUAAAACAGUGGGUUUAUCCACUCGCCAUUUAUGUCAAACUCGAAAGACCGUGGAAAAGCUUUUUAGCAGAACGAAAGUUCUGACAAUCGACAACAUGAAUCCCCAUGUAAAGAACAUUGAAUAUGCAGUCAGGGGCCCCAUUGUCAUAAGAGCUGGAGAGAUAGAGAAUGAACUAAAAAAGGGAACAAAGAAAAAUUUUACAGAUGUUAUUCGAGCCAACAUUGGAGACUGUCAUGCAACUGGACAAGAGCCUCUGACAUUUUUAAGACAGGUUGUUGCUCUGUGUGUGUACCCUGAUCUGAUGAAAGACCCAACUUUUCCUGAUGAUGCUAAACAAAGAGCUGAUCGCAUCCUUGGAUCUUGUGGAGGACGAAGCUUAGGCGCCUACAGUGACAGCGCAGGUGUGCCUGUUAUCAGGGAAGAUGUGGCUAAAUAUAUAGAAGAGAGGGAUGGUAUCCCAUCAGACCCUGCCAACAUUUUUCUCUCUGGGGGUGCCAGUGAGUCCAUUAGGAACGUGAUGAAACUCCUCAUGACUGCCCUGCCAGGGAAAGAACGUGCUGGUGUUAUGAUACCCAUCCCCCAGUACCCCCUCUACUCCGCAACUAUUGCUGAAUACAAUGCUCACCCUAUUGGCUACUUUCUGAAUGAGGCUGAUAAAUGGUCCCUUAGUGUGGAGGAAUUAAAACGUUCAUUAGCAGAAGGGAAGAAACACUGCAAGCCCAGAGCCAUUUGUGUGAUCAACCCAGGCAACCCCACAGGCCAAGUGCUAACAAGAAAAAAUAUUGAAGACAUCAUUAAAUUUGCUAAGGAGGAGAACUUGUUCAUCAUGGCUGAUGAGGUAUACCAACACAAUGUGUAUGCGGCAGAUUCAAAGUUUCAUUCCUUUAAGAAAGUGUUAACUGAACUGGGCCCACCAUACAGUGAGAUGGAGCUGGCUUCAUUCAUGUCAACAUCAAAGGGCUACAUGGGAGAGUGUGGUUUCCGUGGUGGAUAUGUGGAGAUUAUAAAUAUGGACCCAGCUGUUAAAGCCAUGCUCACCAAGGCAAUCUCAGCAAAACUUUGUUCUGCUGUGACUGGCCAGGCUGUUCUUGAUGUAGUGGUGAACCCUCCCAAACCUGGGGAACCUUCCUAUGCUUUAUUCAAGCAGCAAAAAGAUGCAGUCCUAGGCCAGCUAGCAGAGAAAGGGAGGAUGGCAACUGAGAUCUUCAACUCCAUCAAAGGCAUCUCCUGUAACCCAGUGCAGGGGGCCAUGUACGCCUUCCCCAGGCUGGACCUGCCUAGGAAAGCUGUGGAGGCUGCUAAGGCCAAAGGUCAACCUGCUGAUGCUUUCUACUGCUUCAGUUUACUGGAGGAGACUGGCAUGUGUGUUGUGCCAGGCAGUGGGUUUGGGCAGAAGGAGGGCACAUGGCAUUUCAGGACAACUAUAUUGCCCCCUGUAGAGAAACUUGGAGAAAUGCUGAAUCGUUUUGGUGACUUCCACAUCAAAUUCCUGAAUAAAUAUUCUUAAACUUGAUGCAUUUUCUUCUGAAAGAUAAACAAAGGGAGGAAACUGGAAAGUUUUCAACCAGAGAACUCUUUUGUGUUAGAAACUGUUGACAUGUGGCUUCCAUACAUUAUUACGUGCAUAUAAUUAUACUUUAAUUUUUGGUGGAAUGGUUUUGCUUCUUGUAGAAAGAUGAAUGUAGUGGUUUUGGUAAUGAACUAAAAUUUGUAUGAUGAUACGUUCACUGAGAUGAUAAUUCUGUUAUAGUGGAAUGUAUUGAUGAAUUGUUUACUUGUGAAUAGAUUACUAGUUGCUGUAAAAUUAGUUGUUUGUAUGACAGAUGAUAUUAACUGUGAAUUUUACUAUAGUACAGUUUAUCUGGUAACUUGUAAUUAUGUAACAUAAAUGGCAGCUCAAUUAGAACAGUAUUGUAGUUAUCAGAUGGUAAUUGUUUGUCAUUUCUUCUGAAGUUUAAAACUUUCAUUUAACAUUAUUUACAUAAACCUGCUGAUACAUCAGCCCUCCACAAACUGAAAAAAAAGUCAUUUCAAAAUAUAUUUCUGGAUUAUUUAUCCUCCUGAUCUGAACACAAGUUUUGAUAUUAUCUUUUUAGAAAUUUUGAAGAUCUGUUUAACAUUACAUUAUUCUAUAUGGAAGGAAGCCUUGCUGUACUGCUGAUAUUACUUACAUAAUAAUAUCAUUGUGUAAAGUUGCAAGUUAUUUUACAAUGAUCUGUGAAUGUGUAUACUGUGUUAAGUUACUGUAAGAAUGUUUAUUUAAACUUCUUAAUGUAUAAGAACCUGUGAACUUGAUAGCUUGUGUACUCUAUAUACAAAAGGUGUGGACUAUAUGCUGUAGCUCUACUGAGAUUGUUAGCAUCUAUUUCCUCAUCCAUGAAUAUUGUAAUGAGUCCCCAAAUUAUGGGGUUGCCCAGCCAUUGUAUGAGAGUGACUUGUCUACAUAUGCUCCUGUGUUAAUGUAUAACCAUAUAUUUGAACAUUAAACUGGUACACAAAUG